AUCUAGGAAGGAUGCGUGUCAAUCUUCAUCAAAGUUGGUGCAUUAUCAUCAUCAUCUCUGUCUUUCUGCUGUAUGUCACAGGUUCUUUCUCUGCUCCUGUGAGGGUCACAGUUGAGGGUUUUGUUGGAGACUUUGCUUUCUUUCCUUGUUCGAUCCCUGAAAGUGCGCUUCAAGGCAAAACAGAAGAAUUUGAAGUAUUCUGGAGAGAUGAUGAAGGCAAGAAAGUGUGUGACAUCACUGGAGGCAACAGAAUAUGUAAAGAUCCAAAGUACAAGGACAGAGUCGAAACGUUCCCAGAGGAGUAUAAGAAGGGCAACUUCUCCAUCAAACAAAACAACAUUCAAAAAAAUAAUGAAACAAAGUACAUCUGUCACAUCACAGGACCAUCUCAGAAUCACACCAUCACAGAGCUUCAUGUCAAAGUUGCUCUGCCUCGUAACAGUGAAACAGAGAUUCAUCUCAUCAACUCGUACACAACUUUUAUGAAUUUUCAUGAGACAGUUGCUCUGCCUCGUAACAGUGAAACAGAGAAGAGUUCAGAAGUUCUGCCAAGUGACAAUGUUUGGCUGGUAAACAUGGUUCACUGUGCUUCUGUUGGUGGAGGUCAUAGCGCCACCAUUUUGCUGCUUCAAGAGGUGAAGUGUAAACUCUCCAACGUGACCUACAUCAAACAAUGA